AAUGCUAAUUAAUUCCCAUUUCUAAAAUUUUCAAUUGAUAUGUUUCUCCUAACUUCGGUCGCCAGAUGGCGCUGUUUGGCAGAUUUCUCACUGUUCUUCACUGAUUCAAGCGCCUCAUUAAUGACCAUUCUGUCUGUGAGGAGUCUAGUCUUUGGAAGCAGACAUUCAUCACUGUGAGCAAACUUUUAAAUUUUAAUUUACAACUCUGGAUAUUUUAUCACAAGAUUUUUUUCCAAUUUGUUUCCAUCUACUUCAGUGAUGAUGGCAAUUUAAAUAUCAAACUGUGAAUGUCUGAGUAAGACUGAGCAGCUGCAGCAGAAUGUUGCCACCCGUGAAAAAGGAUAGAAUCAUUACCCAGCUCCCAAAGUGUUUUAGUCCAAAUGCAGCUCUUCACACCAAAGAAAGCUUCCACCCACAGGUGAAGGCAGCUUGCCAGGUUCAGAAGACAGACAGCUUCAACGUUGCCAAAGUCAUUGUAGUCGGAGACGUUGCAGUUGGGAAAACUUGUUUAAUUAGCAGGUUCUGUAAGGAUGCCUUUGAUAAGACCUACAAAGCUACCAUUGGAGUGGAUUUUGAGAUGGAGCGUUUUGAGGUGCUCGGCGUUCCCUUCAGUUUACAGCUGUGGGACACUGCAGGUCAGGAGCGUUUCAAGUGCAUCGCGUCAACGUAUUACAGAGGAGCACAAGCCAUCAUUGUGGUGUUUGACUUGAGCAGCGUGAACUCAUUAACAAAUGCCAGGCAGUGGCUGGAGGACGCCAUGAAGGAAAAUGACCCGUCCAGUGUUUUACUGUUUCUUGUUGGAACUAAAAAGGACCUCAGUUCUCCUGAACAGUUGGCUCAGACUGAACAGGAAGCCAUCAGACUCUCAGAGGAAAUCAAAGCGGAGUACUGGGCCGUGUCCGCAAAGUCAGGAGACGGCAUCAGGGACUUCUUCCUCCGCGUGGCCUCUUUGACCUUUGAGGCAAACGUUUUGGCUGAGCUGGAGCUGAACGAGUCAAGGCACACCAGCGACAUCAUCAGGAUCAAAGACAGCCCAGAAGGCGGUCACAAACUGAAGAGGAAAACCAACUGCUGCUGAGCCCCAAACCGAAUAGAUUUACUGCAGCGAUGACCAGAAAAAUGCAGCUGAAACUCACAGCUUCAGAGCGGAUUUUGUGAAAACAGCUUCUUAAAGAGAUGUCAGCCAGUGUUUGUAGGAUACUGUAAAUGUUUUGUUAGAAAGAAAAGUCAUGAUCCAAGAAGCAGUUCUGUUGAAAUAAAAAUGGUGGAAAUUGUUUUUCAGCAGGACAAACACCUUCAAAAAACAUCCAAAUGUCUGAUGAUUUUUUUUUCUUCUUCUGUUGUAUUUGAAAAUGUCAGAAUAAAAUCCAGUUUUUUUCUUUU